CGACGAAAAUGAGGAAUAUCACAAAAGGACUUUUAUUAUUAUUUUUUGAUGUCCUGUUUGUUGUCCUUGAGGCACAGACGGCUCAUGGUCCCUAUAUGGCAGCACAAUUUGGCGGAGGGUUCAACCAGCCUGUAUACAACCAACCAUACAAUCAACAAGGUUACAACCAGCCAUAUAAUCAACCAUAUAAUCAACAAUAUAAUCAACCAUAUAACCAACCAUAUAACCAACAGUACAACAACCCAGGGGGAUACACUGCACCACCAGUACCUACAACUGUUGCUACCACUAGUACUACACCAGGUACAACGGUAGAGACGGAAUUCGAACCCGAGGAAACCACUAUUCCGGCAAUCACGACCACCACAACGACGACGACAGCCAAACCAACACCAGCACCACCAAAACCGCGAAACAAAAGACCGCCACAGAAUCGAGGUCGAUUUUCGCAGAGACAAGAGCACCAACCAGAGCCAAGGCGGAACAACUGGAUGGGGCCGUCAAGGAGAUAUCCGAAUAUGGGGCCACCACCAAGGCGACCUAAUCAGAAUUUUCGAAAUCAGAAGCAACCACCUCGAAAUUACAUUCCCCCAAGUUUUCAGAGACCGCUUAAAGGGCAACAGAAUUUCAAUAAACCCCCUUCAAAACAACCUAUUAGAGGUCAACAGUUCAGGAAUAACGCUCCGCCAAUGAAAAACCAGCCUGUGACAUUUAACCAGCCUCCAUAUGGUGGUCCAGCAUACAACUUCCAACAACAGACAAGAGUAAAUACAAACCAGUAUCCACCACCACAAGCCAGACCGCCGAUGCAGGCUCCCAUGCAACAGCAACCGAACAGACAGCCACUACCACCACAACAGGCAAUGCAACAAAGGCAACCGUUCCAACAGCAACCGAGAAUCACAAAAACUGCUAGCAUUAACCAGAAACCCCCUGUAUCACUUAACAUACCACCCAUAGGAACACCUGCACCCAAGACAGUGGGAGAAUCAUGUCCUACAUAUCGCUACACUGUAGAUAAUAACUUUGUCGAGUUCCACACAAUACCCGGAAGCUGUAAAAUACAAGUGAUGUAUCCACCAGGCGGUAAUGGACCCCCAAAGGUACAGUUUCUUGCAAAAGUUCCACUGAAGUAA